AUGCAGCAGUGCCUGAAGCGUUCGGCUGGCUGCUCGGUCAUGCAGAGGAGCGCCACGAGGCCCGUCGUGGUGGUGCGCCGCGGCAUGCGUGUCGUGUGCCAGGCGGCGACUGCCACCAAGACGGUCAAGAUCGGCACCCGCGGCAGCCCCCUGGCCCUCGCCCAGGCCUACAUGACGCGCGACCUGCUCAAGGCCAACUUUGCCGAGCUGGCGGAGGAGGGUGCCCUGGAGAUUGUGAUCAUCAAGACCACCGGCGACAAGAUCCUCAACCAGCCGCUGGCGGACAUCGGCGGCAAGGGGCUGUUCACAAAGGAGAUCGACGAUGCCCUGCUUGACGGCCGCAUCGACAUCGCGGUGCACUCCAUGAAGGACGUGCCCACGUACCUCCCCGAGGGCACCAUCCUGCCCUGCAACCUGCCCCGCGAGGACGUGCGCGACGUGUUCAUCAGCCCCGUGGCCAAGGACCUGUCUGAGCUGCCAGAGGGGGCCAUCGUGGGCAGCGCCAGCCUGCGGCGCCAGGCCCAGAUCCUGGCAAAGUACCCCCACCUCAAGGUGGUGAACUUCCGCGGCAACGUGCAGACGCGGCUCCGCAAGCUGCAGGAGGGCGAGUGCUCCGCCACCCUGCUGGCGCUGGCGGGCCUCAAGCGCCUGGACAUGACUCAGCACAUUACUAAGAUCCUGGAUAACGAGGAGAUGCUGCCCGCUGUGUCGCAGGGUGCCAUCGGCAUCGCGUGCCGCACCGACGACGGCGCCGCGGCGCGCUACCUGGCGGGGCUCAACCACGAGGAGACGCGCGUGGCCGUCGUCACGGAGCGCGCCUUCCUCACAGCCCUGGACGGCUCCUGCAGGUGCGCGGCAGCUUCCACUCCUCAGCCCCGCCCCCGCCCCGCCGGUCCCCUGCCCACAUGUCGCGCGGCGCGGGCGCCGAGCGCCUCGCCUGCGCUUGGGGCGACCGCGUGA